CGCUCAUCAGUGCGCUAACUCGAUCACGGACAGUGAAAGCCACAAGGCUACCGUCUCAUGUCACCGAGCACCCACUUCUUGAGUGCAGGUACAUUCUUUGGCUCCGCAGCAACUCAUCCAGCGCUAAACCAUGUAGCAAAUCAGCGCUGGCCUUGAGCUGUCCCCCCACGUCCACUAUUCCCCCAACCACGUACCUGUAGCUCUCAGCCUCGUCAAGCUGCAGCUCCAGACAUUCACGAGACGCUGCCACUGGUCGCCAUUCGUGUCGCAAUCCAUCUUAUGAGGCUAUUGCUAUUCACAGAAGAGCUUCCGAUUACCGAUUAGACCCGCCAUGUCGUCAGGCGACGGCCCGCCGCCGCUGUCACUGCGGCCGUUCCCCGUUGCCGACCAAAAGCCCAAGAAUCUCGCCGAGUUCAUCGCUCGAGUCAACGCCCAGCCUGGCGGCUUCCGCUCCGUAACAGAAGACAAGCUCCGGGAAGAUCUGAAAAGCAGCGAGAAUUCCGAUGGAGCGGCCGAUCACGAUGAGGAAAUGUCCGAGGCUGGGGCGGAGAACGACGUCGCGGAGAAGGAUCCCAACGUUGCGCGCAUGGAGGUCCUAAAGAAUAUCGAUAUAGCCAGUAAUAUUGCUCUAUUGACCCUCGACUCCAUGUCCCUUCUCCUCUCCAAACAGAACCCGACGCAAGCUGGCUUGACCCUAUCUCAGCAGCUACGCGAUAUGGUCGGUAUUGGUACUCUCGGCGCAGACAGACUUAAUGACUCCAACUCUACGCCAGCCAAGACAAAGGAUCAGGAAGCAGUCGCCAUGGGCUGGACCAUUAUGGAAAUCAACAAGACGAGAGAUUCCGCAGAAGAGGCUGCUGCGUUCUUGGAAAAGGAGAUUAGUGCAGAGAGCAAAUACUGGGAAGACAUCAUUUCGGUCAGGAAAGCUGGUUGGUCCGUAUGCAAGGUUCCACAGGAGAGACACACUUUGGGUGUGAGGUUUGGCUUUUCAGAGGCCGCUCCCGAAUUCAAGAAUAACGGCUUAGCGCCAAUGAGACGCGGUGACAAUGGCUCAACAGACCUGGAUUUUGGUCGAUUAGGCGGCGUAUCAGAAGCUCUUGUCGUGACGUACGAAAGAGAUGGCAAGGUGCUUGGGCGAUCCACCACUCGAUCAGCCUCAGAAGAUGGCUCGUUGGAAUCACGAGUUCUAGAAGCACGCAACACCAUCUUUUCACAAGAACUUUGGCACGAAUUAACCAAAGAGUCGAGGUCACUGGCCGCCUACGAUGUUAGGCCUGAAGGGAAGAAAUUGGUCUGCCAGGCCGACGACACAACAAAAAUCACCUUUGAGCUACUGCCCUUGGAAUCAUGUCCUUCCCACGACGAGAAUCUUCCAGAGAAUGGCCUGGCGGAAAAGACUUCCAUGGCGCUGCAUAUUCUCCUGAGCUACGCCCAUCGGUACAACGAGCUCAUGAGGAUUCGGCCUGUUCCGCCUCACAUCUCUCGCACCUCUCGCCAGCAAUCCUACGCUCUCCUUCGCCCCGUCCUCGCACGCACAAUGUACCUAAAGAACAUUGAGGAAUCCACGCAGUACGUCGGCUCUCUGGUCAAGACCCUUCAAAAGGCCGGCCUCCCCUCUUCAGUCAUCCUACGCACAACUCAGGCCAGCGCCUCCGAUCCCAAUUCUCGUGGGCCGAACCAGCUCUCCGCAUCACAGACUUUGGUCCGCAAUCUUCUUCAGACGCAAGACUUUACCCUUGAACUCACCAUCCUGCCCGAAAUAUCCUUCAUCAUUCGCGCUCGGGCGUUUAGCUUCCCCGUCACGGCGACGUACUACUACAUCCUCCUCCCGCCCUCGUCGCCUCUUCCGACCAUGUGUCCCCCUUGGGCAGAAGGCUAUCCCAGCGUCCGGACUCUAGGCGACUACCUCCGCACCGUCGUCGUCCGCGUCCUUACCAAUCAUUUCGUCACCUUAAUUGCUUCCGGGGCAAUAUUACACGACGAAACAACCGCCGCCGCUGCAGAAAACGCAUCUAGCGAGGCCGCCGCCGACAAGAACAACGUCGACAUCCACUUCUCCAUGGAACACGAAGACAACGACGAACUAGCCCUAUCCUUCAGCAGCACCUCGCCAAACGGAACCUCCAACACAUGGAAAUGGUCCGUUAGCGGACCUAGUGAAACACGCUCGGCCAAGGAUGUCGUCAAGACGCUCGCCAAAGAGCAAGAGCUCGCUUAGAAGGACGAGCAGCUCGCCGAGGAUAAUUCCUAUACGUAUUUAAAUGCUCCGGCCCAAGUUGACGAUUGGCUCACGAUUACGGAGACGCAAUGGUCACAGACAGAAGAAGAAGAGAUUCAAAAAGAGGUGACUCUACAAUAUGACGAGACGGCGGAAGAAGAUGAACCUUGGAAAAAUAACUCUCCUACCUCGAGUUUUUGAUGUGAGAAUAGCAAUUGAGGCCUGAUUCUUGGUUUGUUUCAGGCAAUACGGCAAAAUAUACAGGGGUCACGGAGUUUCGUUUAAUGAUUGGACUGGGAGUCUUUGGUAGUUGCAAGAAUAUAUUGCUUCGUUAGG